AUGUACCGGCGCAGCUACGUCUUCCAGGCCCGCAAGGAGCAGUAUGAGCGCGCCGAGGAGGCGCCGCGCGCCGCCGAGCCGGACAGCCUGGUGGAGGGCCGGGCGGCCGCGCCGAGCCUGGCGCAGCUGCAGGGGCUCGGCGAGCGCGUGGCCGCCCACGUCCAGCGGGCCCGGGCGCUCGAGCAGCGCCACGCUGUCCUGCGGAGGCAGCUGGACGCCUUCCAGCGCCUGGACGAGCUGGCCGGCCCCGAAGAUGCCCUCGCCCGUCACAUCGAGGGCAACCGCCAGCGCGCCCGGGAUUUGGCGACCGAGCGCACCCGGUUGGAGCGCCAGGGCGCAGAGGCGCAGCGCGCCCUCUGCGAGUUCCGAAGCAAGUAUGAAAAUGAGUGUGAGUGUCAGCUGCUGCUGAAAGACAUGCUCAAACGGCUAAACAAGGAGGCAGAUGAAACCCUGCUGAGUAAUCUGCGACUUCAGAUCGAAGCCCAGUUUCUGCAGGAUGACAUCAGUGCGGCCAAGGACAGGUACAAAAAGAAUCUUCUGGAGAUUCAGACCUAUGUCAGCAUCCUGCAGCAGAUCAUCCAGACCACCCCGCAAGCAGCUUCCAUAACGAGUGGCAUGAGGGAGGCGAAGCUCUUGACGGAAAGGGAGGUGGCCGCCCUGCAGAGCCAGCUGGAGGACGGCCAAGAGGUGCUCUGCCUCCUGCAGGCCCAGAGAGCCGAGCUGCAGGCCCAGACGGCGGCCCUAGAACAAGCCAUCAAAGAUGCCCACGAGUGCUACGAUGAAGAGAUUCAGCUGUACAACGAGCAGAUUGACACCCUGCGGAAGGAGAUUGAGGAGACCGAGAGGAGCCUGGAGAGGUCAUCCUACGACUGCCGACAGCUGGUGGUCGCCCAGCAGACCCUGAGGAACGAGCUGGACCGGUAUCACCGGAUCAUCGAGAACGAAGGCAACAGGCUGAGCUCCGCCUUCAUUGAAGCUCCGAUCACUCUGUACACCGUGAGCCACGGAGCCUCCCUCAGCCCUCGACACGGUGGGAAAGAUCUCACCAAGGCUGUGCAGGAUAUAACAAUAGCAAAACCAAGACAAAAAGGCCUCCCCAAGAAUUUUCCAAGGAAAAAGGAGAUUAUAGCGAAAGACAAAGCAGAUGAAAGUCUGGAAGAGGCAGCACUGAGAGGUCCUGAAGACCCGAAGCCAGGGCAGGUGGUACUUAAAGAAGAGGGUGAAUCUAAGUUUGAAUCAGGGGAUAGAGAAGCAAGUCCCCCAACCAUGGACGGGGCUCCGGAGGAUGUCCCAGACGGAGGGAAGAUAAGCAAAGCCUUUGAAAAACUAGGCAAGAUGGUCAAGGAGAGGGUGAAAGGCCCCAAAGAACCCGAGCCCCCUGCUGACCUGUACACCAAGGGGCGGUAUGUGCUGGUCUCCGGAGAUGCCAAUUUCGUGGACCCAGCCUUCUGUUCCUUCUCCGUCCCAGCCAAAGGGGGCGUGGUGGUUUCCAAGGGGGACGACUCUGUGCGUCCUGAUAGCCACGUGGAGCCCUCUCCCCAGCAGCCGGAGCCCCCUCUGGAGGACGGAGAGGAGCCUCCGCAGGGGAAAGAUGGUCUAGAGGACGGACAGGGGCCUCCCCAGGGGAAAGAAGAUGGUCUGGAGGACGGACAGGGGCCUCCCCAGGGGAAAGAAGAUGGUCUGGAGGAUGGACAGGGGCCUCCCCAGGGGAAAGAAGAUGGACAACCCCCUACCCCGCACACUGUAGACAAGGGGGGUGAGGUGAAUGCCGAAGAACUGAAGGGCCCCCAGGGGAAACAGGAUGGCCAGAAGGAGGAGGACGGGGCCAGGGAGCCCUGUCCCGCAGUCACGCCUGGUCCAGAGGGGCCGUCUACACCCCAGUCUGAAGGGCCUCAGGUCAUUCAGGGUGGGUCCGACGGGCCUGGAGCUCAGAGCAGCAGCCUGCCGGUGAGAAGCCCUCCCAGGACGCUGGCCUAUGAGAAGGUGGAGGUGAUGGAAUCCAUUGAGAAGUUUUCCACCGACAGCAUCCAGACAUACGAAGAGACUGCUGUAAUCGUGGAGACCAUGAUCGAAAAGACCAAGGCAAACAAGAAGAAGGUGGAGGAGAAGUGCUCUUCCAAUGCCUAGGCUCGAGGGGAGAAAGUGCCUUUGGGCCACUGUUGGGAAGUGCUUGGAUAUUUUAGG